AUGGUGGUUGCCCCCCGAACGCUCCUGGCGACGGGCCUGCUCGCCGGCUUCCUGACCAACUCCGUGUAUGCCACAGUGACCUGCACCACGGAAACAAUCAAUGCCUUUGCCAAUCCGUCUUUUGAGUCGGGGGACCUGACUGACUGGAUUGCGCAACGAGCCAACGCAGUUGCCUCCAACGGGGAGGUGGUGUCUGGCAAUGCGGCGGAUGGCAGUGAUUACUACACCAUUUUGGGAACCUCGACGUAUACUUACCUCGAGCAAACAUUGACCGGACUGGAUACCUCCAAGAUCUAUUCGCUGUCGGUCAGCUACAAGGCCAUUGCGACCACCACUGUCGCCUCGCAAUAUAACCAUUGCUAUCUCGGCUGGAUGAUGAAUGGCUGGAGCAAUUUCUUCGACCGGAUUACCAUUACUCCCUCUGCAGUCGGGGCGGACCCAGACUGGACUGUCUAUACGGUCUCGUACCAACCGACCGCUGCCAGUCAGGCUCUGUUGUUCGUCUGGGGCUGUACGGAAUCCGCUUUUACCCUCGACUUUGAUGACUUCCAGUUGCCCCUGUCCACCACUCAAGUGUGCACCACGUCCACUCCCAGCUCGACCCCCGUCGCCAGUUCAUCCGCUCUGUCGAGCGUGGCUGUCACCCCAAGCAGUACCCCGUCCAGUUCUCCGGCUCGAGUGCUGUCCAGCUCCGUCGUAGCCUCAUCUGCGGCGUUGUCUUCUUCGUCUCCCGCUGCUCUCGCUUCGUCUACCAAAGUGGUCGUGAGUUCCUCGGCUGUAGUAGCUUCUGCCACGCCAGUUCGCACGCCAUCGUCAUCUCCCGUCAGCCUUGGGUCAUCCAAGGUACCCGCGUCGUUGACCGUGAUCUCCAUCUCCAUUCCCUCAUCCAGCCCGUCUGCUGUCAAAUCGAGCUCCCUUCCACCCGUCAAGCUCUCUACCGUCGCCUCCAGCUCCAUCCUAUCAUCUCGUGCUCCCUCUUCUCGAACGGCUGGGUUCAGUUCCUUCGUAUCCCCGUCUUCCUUCACUGGAAUUCCAUUAGGGUCGUCGGCAUCAAGGGGCCAAAUCCCUACUUCCGUCUCAUCGUCUGGAGCUACCACGUCCAGCAUCUCGAGUAUGCCCGGAGUGCCUUUAAGUAGUAUUCCUGAUGCGCCAUCUGGAUCGAUUCCACCACCACCACCACCCGCUCAUCAGUCCACUACAUCCACGAUCCUGACCACUCGUACGACUACUAUUACAGCCUGUCCCUCCACGGUGACAGAUUGUCCGGCUCGACACCGAACUACAUAUCUGACCACAGAGACAGUGGUGGUUGGUACCACUGUGUGCCCCCUCACCGAGGGCUCGAGUCCCACUCAUUUUCCCAAACCAGGCUCGCAACCGGGCAAGGAUUCAGGAAGCAGCAGCAGUGAUGGCUCGACAACAUCAACCGUUUUUACCACUAGAACCUCAACGGUUACGGCUUGCCCAUCAUCGGUGAAAAAUUGCCCGGCAUCGGAGCACACUACAUAUGUCACAACAGAAACUUUGGUUGACUACACAACAAUCUGCCCUGUGACAGCCACUCAGACAGGCGUUUCCACCAUCCUUGACACCACAACAACAGGGACCACUGCCGGUGCUGUUGAGACUAGCUCUGGCUCAUCUGGCUCAUCUGGCUCAUCUGGAUCAUCUGGCUCCUCUGGCUCCUCUGGCUCUUCUGGCUCCUCUGGCUCCUCUGGCUCCUCUGGCUCCUCUGGCUACUCUGGCUCCUCUGGCUCCUCUGGCUCCUCUGGCUCCUCUGGCUACUCUGGCUCCUCUGGCUCCUCUGGCUCUUCUGGCUCCUCUGGCUCCUCUGGCUACUCUGGCUACUCUAGCUCUUCUGGCUCCUCUGGCUCUUCUGGCUACUCUGGCUCCUUAAACGGUACCUAUGCUAAGGGCUCCACGUCAGGCUUCUUCACAUCCAGUGCUUCCUCCUCUGCUGCGCAUAAGACCUCUGGCGCUGACGCUCAUUCUUCUUUUUCUCCUUCUUCUUCUUCUUCUUCUUCUUCUUCUUCAACUAUUAGCGCCGACAACUCUCUUUUCACCGGUGCAGCCUCUUCUAUCUUGGUCUCCACGGGUGUUAUAUACACCGUGGCUGCCCUUAUGCUCUCUCUUAUAAUCUAA